GUUUCCUACAGACAAAUCUUGAAACUGAGGAUGAAGUUGUUCUCAUCAGUUGUCCAUCAAGAACUUGGAUGGUUCGACACACAUGAAACUAGCGAGUUAAGCACCCGCUUUUCAGAAGACGUAAACAAAAUACAAGAAGGAAUCGGUGAUAAGAUAAGUAAUUUAUGUCAUUGGCUUGCAACUUUCGUGGCUGGGAUUGUGAUUGGCUUGUCUUAUGACUGGAAGUUGGGUCUCGUGGUUCUCGCGAUGUCUCCGUUGCUUGCCGUUGCAGGAGGACUCAUGACUUACCUGAUAUCAGCGACAACGAGUAAGGAGUUAGCAGCUUACGCGAAAGCAGGUGCAGUAGCCGAGGAAGUGUUUUCUGCCAUCAGGACUGUUGUUGCAUUCAGUGGGCAAAAAAAAGAAUGUCAAAGGUAUGAGAAAAAUUUAGAUGAGGCCAAAAAGUUUGGUAUCUACAAAGGAAUUGUGAACGGCGGGGGAAUGGGAGUGGUUUUUCUUGUAAUGUACAGUUCUUAUUCCUUAGCAUUUUGGUACGGAGGACAGAUGAUCAUGAAUGAAGAGAUGACUCUUGGAUCAGUUUUGAUAACAUUUUUUUCUGUGGCCAUUGGUGCAAUAGCAUUGGGACAAGCUGGGCCGUAUUUACAAAACAUUGGAGCGGCCAGGGGAGCGGCAUACGUUCUCUGGGGCCUAAUUGAUCGAGUCAGUCAGUUUCGAGUCGUUUCGGAUUUUAUAUGA